UUUGUAUCUUUUUUACAAUAGUGUCAGUCAGGUUUAGCCUCAAACAUGAAAUAUCCACCCCUCAAGCUACAUACUCUAGUCCUCGUAUCCUGCACCGCAACGUACAGAUCCACUUUAUCACAGUCUUUCUCAGACCUUCUAUUGUCAGAUCCCUUUGCUUUCAUCACAUGACCGUGUCACAUGACAUCAUACGACCCGCACACGCCCUAUUAUGCAUAAAACAUAGCGAGGGCCGAGCAUGAAGUCUGUGUACAGUCUGUAUAUGUGGAGAGGGGAAGGAGUUGACACACCGGAUCAGAUUACAAAAUGCACAGAGGAGGCGCUGUACCCGUUACAGGACAAACAUCAGGCCUACAGCCAGUUCCUGAUAUAAUGAUGCUGUUUGACCUUUGAUGUUGCUCAUUUAUUCAGCAAAAUCCCAUAUACACUUUGUGCUACUAUUGUCUGAACAUGAAGUGAACCUGAGCUUUCAACACAUUUAAUUGCUUUUGUAUGCCAGGAUGAUCUGCAUGGUUGCUAGUAGGUGAUCGCUUACUUGUCCUAGUCAAAAAAUCUCUCAUGCAUGUACUAAUGUUUAAUAUUAAAGUUACAGGCUUGUUCAUUACCUCACAUUUGACAUCGCAUUUAUGCAUUUGGCAGCUUUUAUCCAAAGCAAUGCUCAGUGCAUUCAAUCUAUACAUUUCGUAUGGGAUCAAACCCAUGACCUUUCUAGCUCAAUGCAAAAAAUAUAAUAGCAGGUUUGCAACAACAUGAACUCUAAAAAUGCUGGGUUUUACCCACAUUUAUAGUCUUUACCCCCAACCGCACACAAUGCACACACAAUAGACCAACACCAGAUCUUUAUUAUGAAGAUCUGCCAGUUCUGUAGCCAGAUGGUCAACACGUCCUCGACUCUGUCACCUCACUUCAGGUGCCGGGUCGGUGUGAUGUGUCGGUUCUUUGAAGAGCCCUGUUCAGGUCUCCAGUGUCACCCAUAAGAUCUCCAGCUCAGGUGGUUUUGGGUUUCCACCAAGCAGCGCCCAAAAUCGCUCAGCUGUUCAGCGUUGCUCGGCUACCCUCAUCUUUAAUUUAACUGGCCAGACUGAACUACAGGCGCCCGCAUACGCCUCCGUCUUCAACAUGCAGCAGGACUCGGAGAAGACGACGUAUGACCGGGAGCCCAACGGAGAGGCCAUGAGUCCGGACGUAAGGGACGCUAAAGGUUUGGUGGUAGAUGAGGAGAACCAGGGAGUGGCCCCAUCAGCGCCACCGCUAUCCCAGGAAGAUAUGCCAUCCGGGCCUCCUCCGUGUCCCAGGGCGAAGUUGGUUUUUCACACGCAGUUGGCUCACGGGAGCCCGACGGCCCGUAUUCAUGGAUUCACCAAUGUGAAGGAACUGUACGGCAAGAUUGCAGAGGUCUUCAACAUCUCAGCAUCUGAGAUCCUUUUCUGCACAUUGAAUUCCCAUAAAGUUGACAUGCAGAAGCUUUUAGGAGGUCAGAUAGGCCUGGAUGACUUUAUAUUCGCCCACGUGAGAGGAGAAACCAAAGAGGUUGAGGUCAUCAAGACAGAGGAUGCACUUGGCCUGACCAUCACAGACAAUGGGGCGGGAUAUGCUUUCAUUAAAAGGAUAAAGGAAGGCAGCACCAUUGACAGAAUAAAAUCGGUGUGUGUUGGCGAUCACAUUGAGGCCGUCAAUGACCAGAGCAUUGUGGGAUGUCGGCAUUAUGAAGUUGCAAAAAUGCUGAAGGAGCAGACAAGAGGAAAUCCAUUCACACUGCGUCUUGUGGAGCCCAAAAAAGCCUUUGACAUGAUAGGCCAGAGAACGAGAGCGCCCAAGUCCAGCGAGGGCAAAAUGGUGAGCGGGAAGGAGACCCUUCGGCUACGGUCCAAAGGAGCAGCGACGGUUCAGGAAAUGCCCAAUGAGUUUGAAGACAAGGCCAUCAGGAAGGUGGAUGAGCUUUUGGAGAGCUACAUGGGAAUCCGGGACCAGGAGCUCGCGACCACCAUAGUGGAAGCUGGAAGGGACAAAAACAACCCGGACGAUUUUGCAGAGGCGCUCGACUCCGUUCUGGGAGACUUCGGCUUUCCCGACGUCUUUCUGUUUGAAGUGUGGGGCGCUCUUGGUGACGUUAAGAACGGACGGAUUUAGAGUGUAUCUGAUCGUUACGGAUGAUUUGUGACCUCUGUUGACUAUCUUCAUACACAAACCUCCCGAUUCCCGUACUGAUCCUGAGGAAUGGAAAUUGUCAAGGCUGAAUGGUUCAGAUCAAAUGGUCCUCCACAUUUUCUUACGUUUAAACCUUUAAUCAUGUAUCGCAACAAAUUUGACUUGAAGUAUUACGAUGUUUUUGACUAUAUAGUAGGGCUGUAGGUUAUACAUUAGUUGUCUUUGCUUUUAAAAGAAAUUUUGUUUUUAUGAAUAGAUACAUACAGAUGUUGCAAGCAAUACAAAAUGAAUGAUCUUUUAAGAUUAAUGAUAGUUCUUGUGACAUAAACGAUUUGUGUAAAUAUAAAUCAUCAAAUCCGGACACAUGUGAAUACUUGUAAUGCUUAUAAACCUUAAAA